AUGGCAAGCACACAUAAAUCGGUUCUUGGAACGAAAAUUAGAUGCAUCUUUCAUUUCACUGUAGGCAUCCUCCUCGUAGCAUUCAUAUUUGCUUCUCUUUGUCCAACUGGGGAAAAACGACUCUUCCUGGGACAGCAGAUGCCACCUACUGAUUCUAUUCAGCUCUGUGACUUUUUUUCGGGCAAAUGGAUUUAUGAUAACAUAUCUUAUCCUCUGUACAAGGGGAAACAAUGUUCUUUCGUGGAGGAUGCCUUUGCAUGUGAGAAGUAUGGUAGGAAGGACUUGGAAUAUCAGAAAUGGCGAUGGCAACCUCAUGAUUGUGACCUUCCAAGCUUCAAUGCUACCGAAUUGAUGGAGAAGUUAAGGGGGAAAAAGCUUGUGUUUGUAGGGGAUUCCUUGAUUCGAAACCAAUUUGGGUCGAUGCUGUGCCUAAUUGAGCCAUCGAUCCCUCCAUCAUCAUCUAAAUCACUGAUCCUGAAAAGCAACUCCAUCAUCUUUAAUACAACUGACUAUAAUGCAACGAUCGAAUUCUAUUGGUCUCCCUAUCUGGUUGAAUCUAAUUGUGAUGACAUACUAAACCAUCGGAUACGGGAUCCUAUAAUUAAUAUUAAAGCAAUUGAAAAGCAUUCUAGGCUUUGGACGGAUGCAGACAUACUCAUAUUUGAUUCCUUUGCAUGGUGGCUGUCUCCAAAAGCAACACUUCUAUGGGGAUCAUUUGGAAGUUCUGAUGCAAUCUACAAAGAAGUCAGGAUGAGGCCGCGUUUCUUUGAAAUGGCUUUAAACACAUGGUCAGACUGGUUAGAAAUCCACAUUAACAGAACUGGAACGAAGUUGUUCUUCAUGAGCCUCUCACCUUAUCACCCCCUAGGUGAAGAAUGGGGCAACGAUAGAGGUCAAAAUUGCUACAAUGAAACUGAGCCAAUUUUGAAAAAGGGUCAUUGGGGAAGUUCAACAGAUCGUGGAAUGAUGCAGAUAGUAGAAUCAGUAAUCCACAAGCUCGAAAUGAGAGGUUUGAAGGUACAAUACCUCAAUAUUACUCAGUUGUCAGAUUACAGAAAAGAUGCUCACCCAUCUAUCUAUAGGGAGUUUUGGAUGAAUAUAACUGAAGCACAAUUAGCAAACCCCGCGAGCUAUUCAGAUUGUGGCCAUUGGUGUCUUCCAGGGGAGUUGAGUGAAGCUGACGAAAUGGUGAACACAAAAAAUUUAGUUCCUGGAACAUUGAAAAUUAGAUACAAUUUUCAUUCAAUUUCAGGCCUCCUCCUCAUAACCUUUGUGAUUGCUAUUGUCAAUCUAAAAGGGGACAUUCGACGCAUCCUUAAACUGCAGACGAUUCCUAAUGAUUCUAUUCCACACUGUGAUUUGUUUUUUGGGAAAUGGGUUUAUGAUAACAUAUCUUACCCUCUGUACAAUGACAAACAGUGUUCUUUCAUGGAGGGUGCCUUUGCCUGUGAGAAGUAUGGUAGGAAGGACUUGAAUUAUCAGAAAUGGAGAUGGCAGCCGCAUAAUUGUGACCUUCCAAGGUUCAAUGCUACAGCACUGUUGGAGAAGUUAAGGGGGAAGAAGCUUAUAUUUGUAGGGGAUUCAUUGAAUAGAAACCAAUGGAUUUCGAUGCUGUGCCUAAUCGAGUCAUCAAUCCCCCCAUCAUCAUCUAAAUCAGUCAUCUGGAAAGGCAACUCCUUUAUCUUUAAGAUCACUGACUACGACGCCACGAUCAACUUCUAUUGGUCUCCUUUGCUGGUUGAAUCUAAUUCCGAUGAUAUAAUAAACCAUCGGGUUGGAAGUCGUUCAGUUAGAGUUAAGGCAAUUGAAAAGCAUGCUAGGCACUGGACGGAUGCAGAUGUACUAGUAUUUGAUUCCUUUGCUUGGUGGUUGGAGCCGAAAAUGAUACUUAUUACUGAUGGAAUCUACAAACAAGGCGAGAUGAAACUGCGUGGCUAUGAAAUGGCUUUGAACACAUGGUCAGACUGGUUGGAUAUUCACAUUAACAGAACUAGAACAAAAUUGUUCUUCAUGAGCCUCUCACCUUUUCACAGUUCGGGUGGAGAUUGGAGCAUGGAUACAGGUACAGGUCAAAAUUGCUACACUGAAACAGAGCCAAUUUUGUACGAGGGGUAUCGGGGUGGUCAAACAGAUCAUGAAAUGAUGCAGAUAGUAGAAUCGGCAAUACACGAGCUGGGAAUGAGAGGUUUAAAGGUAGAGUACCUCAAUAUAACACAGUUAUCAGAUUAUAGGAAAGAUGCUCACCCUUCUGUAUAUAGGGAGUUUUGGGAUCCUCUAACUGAAGAAAAAUUAGCAGAUCCCAAGAGAUAUUCAGAUUGUUUGCAUUGGUGUCUUCCAGGAGUACCUGAUGUUUGGAAUUUUAUUCUUUAUUCCUACAUUAUGCGUUCAUGA